GGUUAUCUCCCUUCACUCCUAGAUGGCGUUUUCUACUUCCGGAAAUUUUGACGCUAGAGUGUUGUUACUGUCAUCAACUUCGACUUUUAUGUGAAGCGCUCUCUGACUGAUAGCGUCAUCAUGCAGAUGCCACUAUUUGGAAAUAAAUUCUCCCCUAAGAAGACACCACCCAGACGGGCCCAGUCUUUGUCCAACCUUCACCUUGAUGCCACACAAUCAAGAGCUGAGUUUGGCCUUGACUAUGGUCCAAUCAAGGUCAAUCUGGGUGGUAGUGAGGUAGCCUUUGAGAAUGGUAUAUGGAUUCCUGAGAGCGGAGCUGGGGGAGCCAGUCACAAGGAAGUGAGUCGGCUCCGGAAGCACAACCAGCAGCUACAGGAGGAGAACAACCUCCUCAAGUUCAAGAUCGACAUUCUCCUGGACAUGCUUGCAGAAACUUCUGCUAUGUCUCACUUCCAUGAGAAUGAACUGAAACAGCUCCGGGAGAUGAAGUCCAAGAAAAGAUGAUGACAUUGAUGAAGCCAUUCGUCAUGACCCAUCACCUGAGUGGUGUUGAUACACACCUGCAGCUUCCAGCGUCCCUGACACUCGUCUGACUGUGAUACUAUUCCGUCCUCAUCCACACUGUCCUCAGUGGGCGUGGGUGCCUCUACAUACAGGGCACUAUUAGACAUUGUUACACUCAUAAUGAUCUUCAUUCUGUGUAUAUACAUAUUAUGUUUUAGAUGGUAUUUUUCAGCAAGCGAUACAUGUUAUUAUCAGAUGAAUAAAAAGUAUGAUAAA